UUUAAAAGAGAAAUGAAUAACUAACUAUAAGAUGUUAUAUAAUUUAUGCAAGUUUCUAUAAAAAAUAUUUUUACUUAACAAAAUAUUUGAUGCUUGGCUUUUUUAUAAAAAGAUAUGCAAAUGUAUCGUUAUACCAUUUAACUUGCCAUUUUUAAUAUUUAAAUAUAGAACAUUAAGGAACAUCUAUAGCAUUCAACAUUCUUUUUGACAUUAAAUAUAUAGGUAUAAAUAUAAAGAGUAUUUGUAUUCUUCUAUCUUAUUGUGUCGUUAGUUACAUGUACUGUGAUCUGCUUUGAUGCCUUAUGUUGUAUUUAAAAUUUUUAUUAUUAAUGUAUGAUUAGAGCGAUUAACACAAACAAUUAACAAUUAUGGCUACAAAUAAAAACGUCAUAGUACUUGUGCCAAACGGUCGUCGACAAAAUGUUGGAGUUUCUCCAAAUACGACAAUACUACAAUAAAAUAUUUUUCCCAUAGAUACUGGAAGAGGUGUGUCAAAAGCAUGGAUACAAUGUAGAUUCUUAUGACCUUAAACACUUUAAUCAUAUAUUAGACCCCAAUGCUAUAUUACGAUUUGCUGGAUUAUCAAAUAAUGCACAAUUAGAAAUGGUACCUUGUACAAAAAUACGUUCUAUUUCCAAUGUCACAAUAGGUAUACAGUUAGAAAAUGGGGAAAGAUUAAUGAAUGAAUUUACACCUAAUGUAACAUUAGCUGAAAUUUUAAAACAUAUAAAUUUUAAUGAAGAUUUGGAAAAAAUUAUUUUAAUUUACAUGCAUCGUGAGAUUUCUGGAUUAGAAGCUUUAAAAAAUACUACUCUGAAGUCAUUGGGACUCGUCAAUGGUAAAGCUGUAUUACGAUUAAUACAAAAACGACCUCAAAGCAUAGAUACUAACGAAACAUCAGAAUGUAUGAUUUCUACAGGAAAGCAAACACAAAAAUUAAGAGAAUUAAAAACAUGUUCUCAGAACGAAGAGAGAAAAAUAAUGAAAAGAGAAUAUGAAAAUAAUAUAAUACCAUCCACUAGUACAGAUAACUAUAGUGGAAACCAAAUUUUAUUGCAGCCAUGCAACAAACAUGAAACAGAUGAUUUAAAUAAUAUAGAAUUUUUAGGUGAAAGAAAUGCUUUGGUAUUCGAUCAAACUACAAUUCAACGAAAAUUUAGAGAUGAAUUACCAGAUGAUUUUUAUGAUCUAACAGUUGAUGAUGCAAAAAUAUUAUUAAGAGAUGCUAAACGUUAUAGAAAAGAAUUAGAAGAAGCACCUCUCCUAACAAAUAUUCAACGACAAUCCAAUGAAGAAAAGCGAAUAUUAAAUCAAUUAAAUAAAUAUCAUUAUACAAUUAUCCGUAUACAAUUUCCAGAUCAAUUUGUUCUGCAGGGUUUAUUUCAACCAAUGGAAACUGUUCAAGCAAUCAAAGAUUUUAUAAAAUGCUAUUUGAUUGAUGCAAAUAGUGACUUCAUAAUUUUUACUACGCCACCAAAACGUAGUUUGAAUCCUAAUUCUCGCUUAGUUAAUGAAAAUUUAGUUCCUUGUGCUAUUGUUUAUUAUUCUGGGUCAUCAGCUCUUAAAUUGGAUGUAAAAGAAAAGUUUACAGAUCCUAAGAAAGUUGAACUGCAAGUAGCUAAUGUUAGGAAAUCAAUGCUAAAUAAAGAUGAGAAUAUAAAUAAUGAUACAAAUAGUAGAUCGACAUUUAAUACACCAACAAAUAAUGAAUCCGUAAUUGAAAAAGGAAGUAAAAUUCCAAAGUGGUUAAAUCCAUCAUUUAAAUAACGAAUAACCUUUGUUAUAACUGGCAGACUUCGGAAUAUUUUAGAGUAAAGUAUAAUGAUAUUUUAAUAUGUACAUACAUGUACACACAUAGAUAUAUACAUUCAUGUAUUUCAUUUAAUAUUGUAAUUAAACAUACGUUUGUAUAAUAAAGACUGAAAAAAAUGAAAAA